AUGACCAAGAAGCAAAUUGAAAGCAAAAUCACUCCAGAGAAGUCUGAUAAAGCAAGCCCGAAGGAUAAAGGAUCAGAGGAAGAACAGACAUCAGAAAGCAAAAUUACUCCUCCAAGAAAAGAUGAUAAAGCAAUCCCGAAGGAGGAAAGAUCAGAGGAGGAACAGACAUCAUCAGGUUUGGCGGAAGAAAGCAAAACGACUCCUCCAGAAAAAGGUGCUAAAAUGAUUCCAGAAUUCCAAGGACCAGAGCAGGAACAGACAUCAGAAAGCCCAACAACUCCUCCAAAAAAAGAUGAUAAAGCAAUCCUGAAGGACGAAGGAUCAGAGGAGGAACAGAUAUCAGAAAGCAAAAUUACUCCUCCAAGAAAAGAUGAUAAAGCAAUCCCGAAGGAGGAAAGAUCAGAGGAGGAACAGACAUCAUCAGGUUUGGCGGAAGAGAGGAUAGUUACUCCAGAAAAACAUGAUAAAGCAACCCAGAAGGACCAAGGAUCAGAGGAGGAACAGAUACCAGAAAGCACAACGACUCCUCCAGAAAAAGAUGAUGAAGCAAUCCCAAAGGACGAAGGAUCAGAGGAGGAACAGAUAUCAGCCUUACAAGCUAAGGAACAAGAUGCAAUGACAAAGGCAGGUGAUUCAUAUCGUGGGGGUGACCUACAAGACUACAAGGCCCACGUGAUCGCUAAAUUCGACACAAGUGUGGAUCUGCACUGUGACGGCCCAGAGAUGAAAGUAUUGUCUGAUGCUUUUAAACCACACCAGAAAACCUUCAGGCCGCACACCAUUAUCCUACAUGGAAGACCAGGAGUUGGGAAGUCGGCUUUGGCCAGAAGUAUCAUUCUGGGCUGGGCACAGGGUAAACUCUACCAAGACAUGUCCUAUGUCUUCCUCUUCUCUGUCAGAGAAAUGAAGUGGACAGAAAAGAGUAGUUUGGCACAGCUGAUGGCCAACGAGUGGCCACACUCCCAGGCUCCAGUGACAAAGAUCAUGUCCCAACCAGAAAGACUCUUGUUUGUCAUAGAUGGUUUGGACGAUAUGGACUCUGCCCUCCAACAUGACGAUAUGACACUCUCCAGAGACUGGAAGGACAAACAGCCCAUAUACAUCCUGGUGUACAGCCUCCUGAGGAAGGCCCUCCUAUCCCAGUCCUUUCUCAUCAUUACCACCAGAAACACAGGCUUAGAAAACCUCAGGUCGAUGGUGGUGUCCCCCCUCUACAUACUGGUUGAAGGACUAUCUGCAUCAAGGAGAUCUCAACUAGUCCUCGAGAACAUCCCCGAUGACCAUCAAAAAAUACAAGUCUUCCAUUCUGUGAUAGAAAAUCACCAGCUAUUUGACCAAAGCCAGGCCCCCUCCUUUUGCUCGCUGGUCUGUGAGGCUCUACAGCUGCAAGAGAAGCUGGGUAAGAGAUGCACCCUACCCUGCCAGACUCUCACUGAUUUAUAUGCCACCUUGGUGUUCCACCAGCUCACCUCAAGAGGGCCUUCCCAGAGGGCACUCAGUAAGGAAGAGCAAAUUACCCUAGUGGGUUUGUGCAGGAUGGCACUGGAGGGAGUGUGGACCAUGAGGUCGGUGUUCUAUGAUGAUGACCUGAAGAGCUACAGUCUAAAGCAGUCUGAGAUCUCAGCCCUCUUUCACGUGAACAUCCUUCUCCAGGUUGGCCACAGCAGUGAGCAGUGUUAUGUUUUCUUCGACCUCAGCCUGCAGGAUUUCUUUGCUGCCUUAUAUUAUGUUUUAGAAGGGCUGGGGGAAUGGAAUCAGUAUUUUUCCUACAUUACAAACCAAAGGAACAUCAUGGAGGUGAAGAGAUCCAGCGACUCUCACCUCCUCGAGAUGAAGCGUUUCUUAUUUGGCCUCAUGAACAAGGAUACCUUGAAGACUGUGGAGGUUCUGUUUCGAUGUCCCGUGACCCCGCCUAUUAAGCAGAAGCUCCAACACUGCCUCUCUCUGAUAGGUCAGCAGGUCAAUGGCUCCAGCCCAAUGGAUACCCUGGAUGCCUUCUACUAUCUCUUUGAGUCUCAGGAUGAAGAGUUUGUUCACAUGGCUCUCAAAAGCUUCCAAGAAGUGUGGCUUCUGAUUAACCAGAAGAUGGACUUGAUGGUAUCUUCCUACUGUCUCCAGCAGUGUCAGAACUUGAAGGCAAUCCGGGUGGAUAUCAGUGACCUCUUCUCAGUGGAUAAUACUCCCAAGCUGUGCCCUGUCGCUCUCCAGAAGACACAAUGCAAGCCCCUCAUCAUAGAGUGGUGGGAAAACUUCUGCACUGUGCUCAGCACCCAUCCGAACUUGAAGACACUGGACUUGGGCCACAGCAUCUUGAAUGAAUGGUCCAUGAAGAUUCUAUGCCUCAAGCUGAGGAAUUCAUCCUGCAGCAUACAGAAUCUAACGUUUAAGAAUUCAGAGGUAGUUUCUGGCCUGCAAUAUCUCUGGAUGCUCCUUGUUAGCAAUCGGAACUUAAAGUACCUCAAUCUAGGGAACACGCCCAUGAAGGACGAUGACAUCAAGUUAGCCUGUGAAGCACUGAAACAUCCAAGCUGUUCCCUGGAGACCCUGAGGUUGGAUUCCUGUGAGUUAACCCUCACUGGUUAUGAGCUGAUCUCCAAGCUCCUUCUUUCAGCCAGCAGCCUAAAGUGUCUCAGCCUGGCCAGAAAUAAGGUGGGGGUAAAGAGUAUGACAUCCCUUGGGGAAGCCUUGAGUAGCUCUACAUGUACACUGCAGAAGCUGAUACUGGACGGCUGUGACCUCAUACCUGUCAGCUGCCACAUGCUGACCUCCGCCCUCUCCAGCAACCGGAACUUGACUCACCUGUGCCUGUCAAACAACAGCUUGGGGACUGAAGAAGUGCAACAGCUGUGUCAGUUCCUGAAGAAACCAGAAUGUGCUCUCCGGCGGCUGAUACUGAAUCAUUGCAACAUUAUCAAGGAUGCCUACGGCUUCCUGGCGUUGAUACUGGCAAACAACAGAAAGCUGACGCACCUGAGCCUGACCAUGAACCCUGUAGGAAAUAGUGCAAUGAAGCUACUGUGUGAAGCUUUAAAGGAGCCAACUUGCUACCUUCAAGACCUGGAACUAGUGGACUGCCAGCUCACGGAGAACUGCUGUGAAGACCUGGCCUGUAUGAUCACAACAACCAAGCACUUACAAAGCUUGGAUCUUGGGAACAAUGCCCUCGGUGACAAAGGAGUCAUAACCCUGUGCAAAGGACUGAAGCAAAGUAGCAGCUCCCUGAGGAGACUUGGGUUGGCAGCAUGUGGGUUGACUUCCAAAUGCUGUGAGGUAUUGUCAUCGGCCCUCUCUUGCAACCCGUACCUGAACAGCCUGAACCUAGUAAGAAAUGACUUCAAUACAUCAGGGAUGUUGAAGCUCUGCUCUGCGUUCCAAAACCCUGCCUCUAACCUGUGGAUAAUUGGCCUGUGGAAGCAGCAGUUCUAUGCCCAGGUGAGAAGACAGCUGGAAGAAGUGCAGUUUAUCAAGCCCCACGUGGUGAUUGAUGGUGACUGGUAUUCUAUUGAUGAAGAUGACCGUAACUGGUGGAAAAACUGAAGACUGAGUUCCCCUCUCCUUCUGUGGAACGUUUGUCUCACCUCAGAGGAUGUAUCCAGAAUGAA